AUGAGACUAGAUUAAGGCAACAAUAGUUUUCGUGCCGCACUUCUUAUUUUCGAAAUCAUUUCAACUUUUGUCGAAUGGUUGUGUAAAUUGUGUAAUGCUUUUACUUUAAGUAUAUGGAGAAAGUAAUAGAAAUCAGAAAUUCAUGGAUUCUUAAUUAUUUUAAGUUCUUUAAAAUUACGACACUCAUAAUUGUAUCGGUUACACACCACUAUCUGUAUCUGUAUCUGUGUGUAUACGACGCAGAACCAAUUCUGGCAUAAUGUGACGGUACUACUAUUAUUUAAGCCGAGAGAAACUAUAAAUUUGUCAUGGAAUUUGUAAAAAAUAAUAUCCACUAUAUUGUGGCUGGAUCUGUGGCUACCUUGACUGGAGUGCUGGUAUACAAGAGGUUCGUCGGUCAACCACAACCAUUUAAUCGAAAAUGUGGGGUCGAUUACCCAAAGGAUACUGUUAUCCUGCACAUAUUUCAAAGAGAGAAAACUACACCACACCUGGGUCACCUGGCUUUCAAGUUGGAGUUGUACCUUAGAAUCAACAAGAUUCCUUACCAGACGGACGUAUCGGGCGUAAUGGGGCCUAAACAAAAGAUCCCGUGGAUCGAGUACAAUGGUACAACGAUGGGUGACUCCCAGCUCAUCAUUGAGUUCCUGGAGCGGGAGAUGGGGGUGGGGCUGAACUCGCAUCUGGCCAAACGGGACAGGGCCAUAGCCUGGGCGGUUCAAAAAUGGCUUGAGGAAUUCACAUACUGGUUAAACGUUCACAGUCGAUGGGUGAUCUAUGCUGACGAGUUCUUUGACCAGAACCUGGCCACAAUGCCGAAAAUGGUGAAGGGUUUCAUGCAAAAGAGGGUAGGCACAAAAACAUACGCCGUUGGCGUCGGGCGGCAUAACAACGAAGAGGUUCAGGCCAUGAUUGAGAAGGAUAUACGCAUGUUCUCACAAAUAUUGGGUGACAGCGAAUACAUAAUGGGUAGCCAGAUAUCGGAUGUAGAUUGCGCGGCGUUCGGCGUCAUCGGCAGUGUCUACUGGGCCACGCCCCGGGAGGACAGAGGAAACGCUCUGCUCAAAAGUGGAGAAGUUGACAACGUUGUUCGCUACCUGCACCGCAUCAAGGAGAAAUACUGGCCGGACUGGGAUGAUUUGUUGUAUAAACCGAAAUAGAUUGUACUUUUAGUGUAAGUCGCCCUCGCAUCGUGGCGGGCAUAUAGGGGUCAAGGUCCGGCUUCUUCGUCCACUGCGUCACACUUUCAUGUCCACUCUUAAACUUUUAAAACCUUACCUUUACAAAACUCAACCACAUUGGCAUAAAGUCUCCACUUAGAUUGAUGAACAGCCAGAUUGCGCUAUGUGUUAUGGUUGGCCAAAUUCUACCUCAUACGCAUUGUCCCCCUUUUGAGUUUCUCCUUUCUCAUAUUUACACCUUGUACAGUAAUUGAUUGUCAAAGUUUGACCAAUUUCUUUGACCUAUAUAUAUUAGGCUCUCGUACACAAUACCUUUAGCCAAUAUUUCCCAAACUUGAUGGUAAUGUUACAGGCAUAAUAUUAACAUCUUCUACAGAAAUAUAGGCCUUCUUUGAAUGAUCAAAUAUGACCAUCUCAUUAUUGCAUUAUGUUUGUGAUCUUAUUAAUUUUAAUAAAGUUCAAUAGCUCUAGUUGCAUCAGUCCUACUCAUAAGUAAAUAGUAUUAGUCAAGAAAAAGGGUGAUCCAAGCAGGUUACAUAUUCAAUUCACAUAAUUCUGGUUGUAUAUACAUGCCAGCAUUGUUUACAUGCUGAAGACUCAUUUUAAGUCACAUGUCUGUUUUCCGUUUGUGGAAUCAUUUGCUUGUAAUGGUUGUUUAUAUGCUAACUGAGACUUUACAAGGCUGUUUAAUAUGAGGCAUAAAUUGCGAGGGUUGUUAUAGAUAUUUUAACAUAUAUUGCUAGGGUUGUUUUAGAUAUGUGCCAUAUUGCUAGGGUUGUUUUAGAUAUUUAUGCCCCCUUCGAAGAAGAGGGGUAUAUUGCUUUGCACAUGUCGUUCGGUCGGUCGGUCGGUCCGUCCGUCGUUAGACCAAAGCUUGUCCGAGUGAUAACUCAAUAAUUUCUGGACGUAUGGUCAACAAACGUGACAUAAAGGUAGGGCCUGGCCAGUAGAUGACCCAUAUUAAUUUUCAGGGGUCAUCGGGGAAAGGUCACGGUCACAUUCACAUUUAAUGAUAAAAGGUUGUCCGAGUGACAACUCGACAAUGCCUGCACCCAUGACCCUCAAACUUUGCUUAGAGGUUGGCCCUGACAAGUAGAUGACCCAUUUUUAUUUUGGGGGGUAUCGGGCAAAAGGUCAAGGUUACAUUAACCUUAAAUGAUAAAAGGUUGUCCGAGUGAUAACUGGACAAUGCCUGCACCCAUUGCCCUCAAACUAGACUUGGAGGUUGGCCCUGACCAGUAGAUGACCCAUAUUGAUUUCGGGGGUCAUCAGGCGAAAGGUCAAGGUCACAUUAACUUUGAAUGGUAAAAGGCUGUCCGAGUGAUAACUCGACAAUGCUAGCACCCAUGGCCCUCAAACUUGACUUGAAGGUUGGGCCUGACCAAUGGAUGACCCAAAUUUAUUUUAGGGGUCAUCGGGUCAAAGGUCAAGGUCACAGUGACAUUGAAGGCAAACCCGACAAUUCCUUGACCUAUGGUCAUCAAACUUGACAUGGAGGUUAGGCCUCACCAGUAGAUGAUCCAUAUUGAUUUUGGGUGUCAUUGGGUCACAGUGACCUUUAACACAAAAAAGGUUAACAAAGCUAGAGCUAUCUAAACAAAGCCUGGACUUAUGAUCAUCAAACUUGACAUGGAGGCUGGUCCUGACCAGUAGAUGACCUCUAUUGAUUUUAUAAGUCAUCGGGACAAAGGUCAAUGUCACAGUGACCUUGAAUGCAAAAAUGUUGUUUGAGUGAUAACUCGACAAUGCCUGCACCCAUGGCCCUUCAACUUGACUUUGGGGUUAGGACUUACCUGUAGAUGAUUCCCUUUGAUUUAAGGGGUCAAAGGUCAAGGUCACAGUGACCUUGAACGCAAAAAGCUUGUCUGUGUGAUAAUUUGACAAUGCCUGCACCCAUGGCCCUCAAACUUGACAUUUAGGUUUGGGGCGACCAGCUGAUGACUCAUAUGGAGUUUGAGGUCAUAUAGUCAAAGGUCAUGGUCAUAACUCAUAUUCAUCAUUAACGUUUUGUCAUAUUUACUUAUUCCCUGCUGCUCAGAGGCUACAUUUUUAUCUGCGAAUAUCAGUCAUCAUCUGAACAUGAUAGGUGGUGGGGGAUAGUGUUUGACAAACAUCUCUGGUUUAAAAUGUAUUGCAAGGAUUGUUUUAAGUAUAUGAACAUAUAUUGUUUGGGUGGUUUUAGAUAUGUAAUAUUGUGACGGUGGUUUUGAUUGCACAUAUUGGGAGGAUGGUUUUAAAUAUGUAAUAUAUAUUGCCAGGGGUAUAAAGGUUUAUUUGCUGCUUUAUCCGAUCUAUCACUUGGAAAUGUUUGCCUUCCACCAAUACUAUUGACGCAAUUUCAAAUUGGUGAUUUUUUCAUAAUUUGUAUCUGUGUACCUACUGGGGCCAUAUUAUCAAUGCAUGUAUCCACGUGAUGUAUCCUACAAUUGAAACAAAUAUUUCUGAGUAGAUAUACUAUAUUUUUUAAAACUACGAGCUUCAUUGGUAAGUUUUUGGAAUGGUUAUCUGAUUUUGCUAUUAAACAGUUCAAUUCAAUUGAUA